UUUUCCAACAUUUACUCCAGUAAAGGGGGAAAUACAAGUAAGAACCUGGAACUAAAAAUGGGAGUUUUCAUCGCAAUAAUUCUGAUGUCCGCAGCAUCUAUUGCAAAUGCAGGUCAAUACGAAACUGCUUAUGCUGAUGGUUACGACCUAACACUGUAUGGUGACGCCGAAAACACGGCUUGGUGCAAAGCUCAACAACUUUGUGAAGAAAAAGGUAGCGAUGGUCUAGCAAUAUUAGACAGUUCUAAUCUCAAUGUUGCAGCAGAAUCCAUCAUUCCGUCAGGCGGUCGAGCUUGGAUUGGAGGAAAUGAUUUAACUACAGAAGGUUGGUUUAGAUGGACAAAUGGAAACAGUGUCAACAGUGGCUAUAACAAGUGGAGGUCAGGUGAACCAAAUGACGGAUUUGGAACGGAAGACUGUAUGGAAGCAAUAGGCUUUAACUGGAACGAUAGAACUUGUACAGAUUCGAAUAUGUUCAUUUGUCAAUUGGCUACCAGCAGACAGACUUCGGCUCACUACGCAGUAUUUGAGUACAGUGACGCCUUUUCUCAGUACAACUCAAAAGCAAACUAUUGGGAGGCUCAAAGAGAAUGUGAAAACAAAGGAAUGAGACUUGCUCGUGUAGAUAGCAUAGAGGAGUUUGAAGUUAUUCAAAAAAAAAUUGCGAGGAACCGGGAUGGUAAAUAUUGGAUAGCUUCGAAAUAUGAUAAAUGCGUUUACAUGAGUCACAAUGAAUUCGAUGUAACUGAUUGUACAAAAACUUCACUUCCUUAUGUAUGCGAAGUAGUUACUCCAUGGGCGGUAUCGUUAUCUGAUGAAUCUCCAAAACUUCGAGAAGGGGAAGACCUCCAGAUUGAGUGCACAGCUAAAGGAUUCCCACUUCCUGACGUAGCCUGGUACAGGGACGGUGAUAGAAUUACAAUGGAAACCGACCAGCGUGUCCAUCAGGCUGUUGUUGCCGGAGGUUCUACUCUCGUGAUCAAGAAGGCUGAUUUAGCUGAUGCAGGACAGUACAGGUGUUACGCUACCAACGCCGCAAUAAACUUUGAAAAUAAAGUAUUUGCUUUGUUGGGGCUGAAAGUGUAUGCCACUGGAAAAGAAAUGCCAGUAGAAGGCCCACGUAUAUCUGAAUUAAUGAAGAAACUGAUAAAAUUAUAG